GAGAGAGGGGGAAAAGAAGAAAAGUGAUUAAAUGAAUGUUUGCUCCAAUUACCAUUAUUUUUUGUGAAGGAAAGAAAUUGCAUCGGUGUGAAACCUAAAUCGUAUGCUAGAAAAAUCUUCAUAUUACAAUAACCACUCUGACCAGAAUUAGUUGAAUGUCGCAUUUUUUAUUCCUUCCUUUUUAAAAUAUAUUUUAGAAAAAAUUUAAAAAAGGAGGAGAAGGAGAGUCAAAAUUUAUAUGAUUAUAUAAUUUUUAAACACGAUUAUGAUUAUGAUAUGAGAAGACAUAGAGAGAUAUAAGAUCUACUUUAUCAAAGAUUAUGAUGUGAACCAAAAAAAGAAAAAAAAAAUGGUAGUAAUUAAAGAUAAAAAGUCAUGGUGUAGCUGAAUUUAGGAUGGAAUGCCAAGUCCAAGACACAGAAUUUGAUGGAAAUUCUAAACCUUUUUCCUGGGAGUUGAUUCAAGGCUUCAAUAAUUUUCUGAAAAAUUUAAUGCUUUGAAUGGAAUUCAAACUCAAGCGUGUUUGAAUAUUUCCAAUUCCUUUUGGCUGAAGUAUACCAACUCCCCUAUUUAUAUUCUUCCAUACAAGGAGGCAACUAACUUAUUCCUCUACCUUUCAUUUCUUUCCUAUUUCAUCGCUAAAACCAGAAUGGCAGAUACAUUGACAGAAGAUCAAAUUUCUGAGUUUCGUGAAGCCUUUUGCUUGAUCGAUAAAGAUUCAGAUGGGUUCAUUACCAUGGGAGAGUUGGCAGCAGUGAUCCAAACAUUAGAUGUAAACCCUACAAAAGAAGUUCAAGGCAUGUUCAGUGAGGCUAAUGUUGAAGGAAAUGGGACGACCAUCGAUUUCAAAGAUUUCUUAAAUAUUAUGGCAAGUAAAAUGAAGGAAAACUUGAUGGAUGAACUACAAGAAGCUUUCAAAGUAUUUGACAGAGAUGAAGAUGGAUUCAUAUCAGCAAACGAGUUGAGACAAGUGAUGAUGAAUCUGGGAGAAAGAUUAACAAUGGAAGAAGCAGAGCAGAUGAUAAGAGAAGCCGACGUGGAUGGAGAUGGAGUAGUCAGCUAUGAGGAGUUUGCAAGGAUGAUGAUGAUGGCCUUCUAAAUACCUCUAACUCAUUUUCCAGUUAUUCUUUUAACUUUUUUUUUUUUUUUGGUUGGAGAAUGGAAUUAUUUCUCCUAUAUCCUCAGCUUGUACCAUACUGCAAAUAACUAUCCUUUUUUUUAUCUUUCGAUAUUCCAUGGUCUCAUUGUAUCUGAUUAAAUUUAAAUUUACGUUAAAUUAAACCUUUAAAUGAAGUCAAGUUUUUUUAA